AUGCCGGUCCUUCUUCGAGCCGUCGGAUUUGGCAGAUCGUCGAACACCCGCGGCAACCUGAGGCCCGGCUCGACGGUAAAUAUUCAUUGCUCCGUGAGCUCGAACGUUCCUCUUCAGGCUUCUGGAGACCGUCUGCGUCGUCCGUCCCAACUCUCGGCGAGUGCUCAGUCCGGAAGACAGUCCCAAGCGGACAAGGACAAGGACAAAGUGGUGCAAGUGAGUGAGAAUGCACUUUCGGCCGAUCACAUCUGACUAAUGAACUGUAUGGAUUGUAGCAUAAAGUGUCGACGGAUCUGUACGGAGCCAAUCAGUACCUAGAAUUCAAACGGGUAUCCCUCUCUCUCUCUCUCUCGCUCUCUCUCUCUCUCUCUCGCAUCUCACUCACUCCCUCUUCCCUUCCCCACAUCACCUUCUUUCGUUAACUCUUUUUUGUUUCACCUAUCCUCCGUAGUUACUAGUUGUAAAUACAUAGAUAAUAGUGCUUGAAGUUUGACUUUCUUCUCUUCUGAUCAACUGUUCUAAUUCAGGCUGGUUUGCAGAGCCGGAUCCACGAGACAGAGCCGGAAGUGGAAGAGAAACUGACAUGGAGCGAGCGGCUGCAUCGGAUGUACAAGGACUACCACAUAAAGUACCUGUUCCCACUCAUGUUCAUCAUGUUCUACAUGCUUUUCGGAGCCGUUAUCUUCUAUUUUCUGGAAAGUGGGUCGGCGGAAGCGGCAGCCAGAGAGGAAGAUUACAAGUACACGUGAGUACCGUAUCAAGGAACUAAUAAUUGAACACAGUCAGGUAGGUAUUUGAUAAUCAUCUGCAUUUCCAGAAGAGAACGUCGGUUACUCCUGCUUCGAAUGGAAGAGCUCCUGCAAGAACCAGCGACGAAAAGGCGUGGAUAUCGGCAGAAAGCACUGGAAGAAGCCAUCAACAACUACGAGCAGAAGCUCGAUUUCUCCGUGAAGAACGUGUCGCAAUGGACGUUCAUGUCUGCGAUGUACUUCGCCGGAACCCUCUUCACCACAAUCGGAUACGGAGACAUCGCCUGCUUGACCACUUCCGGAAGGAUCGCCACGGUGAUCUACUCGUGCGUCGGCAUUCCGUUCAUGUUGAUCACUUUGAACGAUUUGGGAAAGUUUCUCUACAAUAACAUUAAUGGAUGUGUGAAAGGAUUCGAGGAUUUCACCACUUACCUCGGAGCAUUCAGACUGUGCAGAAGGAGCAAUACCAACUUCCAGAAGGGAGAUGAAGUGCGUAUAAUUUCUAGGUUCAUUAACAACUUAUCGUUUUUCAGCUAGUGACUCUGGAAGCAGGGACCACCCCGGAUGCAGCUCAUAAUGACGUCAGUUCGUUGGCUUCCGAGUUGGGAAGCGAACGGAACGAGAGUGAUUACGAGGACAUCGAGGACGAGGAAGAGAGGGCGAUGCCCCGAAUGAGCGUGAAGGUGGCACUCGGCAUUACCGUCGGAUGGAUCUUCUUCUGCUCGGCACUCUUCAAACUGUGGGAGGACUGGACGUACGGCGAGAGCUGCUACUUCAUGUUCAUCAGUCUCUCCACCAUCGGACUCGGAGAUGUUUCGGUGAAGAGAAGAGAGUGAGUGGGCUGACUCUUUCUACACAUUUUGAAACGGAAACCGGUUCUGUUCAUUUCCAGCAUGAUGGUCCUGUGUUUCGUGUUCGUAAUCGUCGGUCUCUCGCUUGUCAGCAUGACCAUCAAUGUGAUCCAAGUGGCUUUGGAAGACUUUUACGUCAAUCUCAUCAUGAAACUCAUUAUUGACUAUCAAGAGAAACUGGCCGCAGGUACACCCGUAUUCCAUAACUUUUCCCUCCCCAUUAACCAUUUUCCAGGCGGUGACCAAAUGGGCGCCUCGGUUGGAAUGAUGAGAAUGUGGGGAAACAACAAAACGGCGAAGCUUCUCAUGCCUCUUCUGAGCAAGGAGAAGAAAAAAAUGGCGAUGGAGAAGGUGGAAGUGAAGGCGAAGAACAACGGAUUCGAGAUGCCCUCGAUUCUGACGGACUUGGACGAGAAAUCCGGAAUGCCGAAGCUCUUCCACAUUGAGGAAACGACGGAAGGAAGUGAGCCACCAAAGGUCUGUGGCUUUUGUGAAAAUCAGUUUCAAAAUUUUGAUAAGACACUGGAAAUUGUUAUUUUUUAAUGAAUUGACAAAAUAUUCACUUACAGAUUCUCGAAGAACUGGUCCAGAAACAAAUCGAAAUCGAAGAAGCGGCUGCGGAGAACGCGGUGCUCUUUGUGGCUCACGAUGCGAAUACACAGACCGACAUUCUUCUACAGUAAUCCUCAUUUCCCAUCUCUGAUAUCAUUUAUGUUUCAGAGAAGAAAAGGGACAUCAAACCGACGAAAAGGUGUACGGAGAAGGCGGAACUCAGACGGAAGCGGCGCUCAGUAACAAUGUGAGUCUGGAAAUGGCUAAAUUCUAAACAAUCCGAUUCUAGUUGCAGUUGGAGUGCGAAGCCCAAACGGAAUCCGUGCAGAACUCGAUCGCCGAGACGCAAACCGUUCUGGUCGACUUUGCGGAUUCGGACACGAUGACGCAGCCGGUGAUUGUGAAUGUAGGUCCCUUUUGAGCACCGGCACUCUCAUAGAAUUGCACUGCACGUUUGUUGUAGGAGUCUGAUAGUCAGACGGAGUACGUGCAGACUAAGGAAGAGGAGCUGCAGACGUACAUCGACACGAACGACGCGGAGACGAUCACGGAGAUCGAGACGAAGAACGCCAGGAUUCAGACUCCGCAGCCCGUCAUCGAGCAGAAAUGUGUGCAGACUGAGGACCUGGUGAGUCGAUUUUCAAACUAGAACUAGAAUAUCUAUAUGGUUCAGGAAGAGCGAAAGUCCCCGUCGAAGAUGUCGUCCGCGAAGAAACGUCUGCGUCGUGCGUUCGCCGGAAAGUCAAAGCCCACCCGGAACAGUCUGGAGCACCCGGUGAUGAGUGACUGGAAGGACGUGGAGGAGAGUGAGACGGCGCAAGACGAGGAGGAAGAGGAAAUCGGAUCGGUGGAGUCGCUGCAUUGGGAUCCGGUGGACGGAAUGCACGCGGAGAAGCAGAUGCCAGUCAAGAAACUGAGGGCGAUGUUCGACUCGCCGAAAGGGCAGAGGAAGUUAGAGUGAGUCACCGCGUGAGCACACUCUCCUUUUGUAUCGCAUCCCACCCACUCCUUCUCCUUGUCCGUCUUGGCAUGCGUUCGCUGAUUUCAGAAGAAAAUUCUCGUCGUUCAAUAAAAAACGAGACAAUUCGAGGUCGCGAAACAAGUCCGAAUGA